UGUAUAUCAUCAGAUGGACCAACUGAGAGGAUGUUCCUCCAGGACCACUGCUACUCAACAUUCAAAUGGCAGGUAGAGCAUCCAUAUGCUUGUUCGGGUUUGAUGUGGGAGAAGGACUUGGACCAUAUUCAAGAUGAACUGUUAAAGUAUGUGUUGGACAAAAAUCGGCCAUCGGAAGAACUGAUCAUAAAGCAAGGCCAAAUUUGCCUCACACGAGAAGACUUCUGGAGCCUGGGUUUAAGCCAGUGCAUGGAAUCCAAUGUGCGUAUGUUUAGUGUCUUAAUUUACUGCACAAAAAAGAAAAAAUUCCCAGAUAACACAUGGCAACUUCCACAGGGAUGUAAUCGUUCUGCAAUUCAUUUCAGAUCGGAAAUGCCUGCCUCAAGAUUGUGGAAGAAGCUGCACGAAGACAUGGAAAAAAUGUUCAUAUUGUGGACCUCUAUGCUGUUCCCGCCUGGAAAGACAAAAAUGUGGACCCAGAGCAUAGUUUGCCUACACGUUGCAACCUUCAUUGACCAAGGAUCCUGGACUGAAAAAACAGGAAGAGACCUUGAGUGUUUUCCUCAACAGUCUACAGGAAAUUCCUGUGGCAUCUACAUGCUGAUGUAUGCUCUCAGCACCUGUACAUCAUGGCCAUUAACAUUCACAGAGGAGGAGGUGCCAUUGAUUCGCCAGUGGUGGUGCAUUCAGCUGAUGGAGAGGUUUUGUCUUGAAGGGCAUGGACAGAGAUUUGCACACUGGACAGAAGCAGCAUCCCAACUCCUUCAGGGAACCCUUGAGCCUGUCUUUAUGGUGUCAAACUCCACCACCACCAAACAGACACCCAGCAGAAGAGUUGUGGUUGAAGAGGACACUGAUAAGGUGCAACAGCCUACCAUUGUGAGAGACCUUCAUACAGCUUGGUACUGGGUUCACAAUCACAGAGACUUAUUUCGUGGAGAGGUGACAGAGCCUGCUUUUCUGCAGAUGAACAGUGAAGAUCAACAAAAUGCACUCAGGAAGGCCCUGGAGAGUGAAUUCCCUGAAGCAAAGGAUGACUUUUUGUUUAUAUUUCAGUAUCAUUUUUGUCAUACUGUGUUGAUAAAAAAGGCCUGAAGGUCAAUGCCAUGUUCCUCA